AUGGGUUUCGGAAACAAAAUCUUUUCGGACCCUUCAGGUGUUGUAGUUGAUGAAAAGAAGUACAGAGGAAUGAUUGGAUCCGUACUCUAUCUCACAGCAAUUCGUCCAGACAUCAUGUUUUUAACAUGUUUGUGUGCCAGAUUUCAAGUCAAUCCAAAGAUGUCUCAUCUUUUGGCUGUUAAGCAAAUGUUUAGAUACCUCAAAUGCACAAAGAAUCUUGGAAUCUGGUACCCAGCAAAUGAGAGUUUUCUUCUUCAAGCAUAUUCAGAUUCAAACUAUGGCGGUCUUCAAUUGGACAGAAAAAUCACAUCUGGUGGCUGCCAAUUUUUAGGUGGUCGAUUGGUUAGUUGGUCAUCCAAGAAGCACAACUGCAUUGCUCUCUCAACAGCCGAAGCAGAAUACAUUGAUGCUUCUAGUUGUACCUCUCAAGUUCUCUGA